UUUCACUGUCGCUUCACGUGACUACGGAGUCCGAAUGUGGACUCGCAAGGUCCUCCACACUGCGGACAAGCUAUGUUGCGGAGUGUGCUCUGCUGGUUCUCCUUUCUUCCCCGCCAUUUAGCUUCCAGGUCAUCAAGACGUGUGGUUUCAAAGAGCUUGACGCCUUUGUUGACCGCAGUACUCCAUGCGUCACGGCCUUUGGCCAAGGACUACUUGACAUUGAUGUCGCAGGCUUUGAGAGAAGUCUUGACUGCAACAUAUCCUUGUGGUGUUUCAAGGGAGCUCCCUGAUUUCGUGUACUCGUAGCAAGCUCUGAGAGGAACAGCUAUUUGAAAAUACGGUCAUCAGAUUCACCCAUUCUCUAAUAUGACCGGACCAUCUGAGUUGAGCCUUAAUUAACAAAGCUUCGACGUCAGGGGAGAACAUUGUACAAAGUGAGGUGGAAGAACUUUGGUCCAGCAGACGACACCUGGGAACCAGUAGAUAAUCUUCAAUCUUGUUUAGACUUGGUGGAAGACUUUGAGAAAAAGAAGGAAGAGGAUAGAAAGAGGAGGGCUGAAGAAAGAAAGAAAAAGAUGGCACAUAUGGAAGGGAGAAAGCUUUCAUCAGAUGAGGAUGAUUCUUCAAGAGACAGUACUGAUGCCUCAAAGCCAGUGUCCACAUUCAAAAACACAUUCUGGAAAGACCUUGAAGAAGGAAAAGUCAACCUGUUCUACACAGACAUGUACUCAAAGGUCAAAGAAGGAGGUCGAGCCUCAAGACCAACCUGUCUCAAGGACAAACAUCAGAAUGUAAAAUCAGAGGAGCCUAAAAGUCCCAAAAAGCGCAAGAAGCCAGCUGUGAAAAAGGAGGCCAAAAUAAAAGAGCGAGACAAGAAGAACCCAGAUGGUUUUCCUUGUCUGUCCAAAGAGUUUGUGACAUCAAGUGAAGAUGAGUUAAUGAACAGUGACUAUGAGAUUAUCAAAAGUGAUAGCAGCCCGGAUAGCAGAUUAAAACGAGAAAAUUCCAAUUCCUCCAGUGACAAUUCUAUCAAGAUGCCAGUUCUGAAAAUUAAAAAAUUGAAGAGCAAUGAAGAUAGAAGUGACAGCAACUCUGAGAAUGAAGAUUGUAAGUCAAGAGGGACUGUGAAAAAAGUGAAGAAAGAGAAACUUCAGAAGCAAGACACAGACAAAAAAAAUAAAGUGAGAAAACACAAGAAAGAAGUGAAAACCGAAUCAGACCAGAUAGAUGAUAGUGUAGAUAAAUCUUUGUGUAAGGUAGACAGUAUAAAGAAUGAGCCCAUGGAAAAACCUGCUAGUCCUAUAAAAAACUACUUAUCAGGGGGGAGCACUCCACCCAGGAAAUUAUCUUCUGGAGACUCACCAAGUAAAAUUCCCCAAGCCACUAGCACACCAGAUGUCAAACCAUAUGACAGGGAGAGUCAGGACUUUGGGUCUGUGGGGCUCAAAAGGAAGCAUGUUGGUUCGGACAGUGAUUCAUUUUCACAGUGUAAGGUGUCUAAAGUGCGGCGAGAUUCGGGACAAACAUCUCGAGACAGUGGACUUGCGAGUUCAACCAGUAGUAUCAAUAGUGUGGAGUCUGAUCGUAGUAAGUCAGCUCGCAGAAAGGACACAGCUAAUUCCAUGGACUGUUCACAGCCGCUCGAUGACCUGUGGAAUGGAUCUCUAUUGCCCUUGUUGCCAGAAAGCACAAAGACACAAGAAAGAGGGGCGGAUCUAAGUUUUGACAUUGAGCUGGAUGACAUUGACCUAGAUCAGCUGGACAAAGAAACGGAUAGCGAAGUUGACGCCAUUGUAAUAACUGAUGCUAAGUUCCAGCAGGCAGUGACCGAGGGAGAUUAUCAGGCUGUGAGACGAGCCCUCAACAGCAGCAAGAGGUAUGAUGUCGAGGCUUUGGAUGACCUCGGAAUCACCCUUCUCAUGUACGCCGCUCAAAGUGGUUUUGACGACAUAGCCGAGUUACUAGUCAGUAAUGGAGGAGACAUCAAUGCUCAACAGAAAAAUGGUACCACAUCUCUGAUGCUAGCAUGUGAACAUGCCCAUAUAUGUACGGUGGCUUUGUUGGUAGAGUUGGGUGCUAAAAUUAAUGUUCAACAAGAUACCGGUGAAACUGCUCUUAUGAAGGCUGUGAAACGAGGUCACAAACAGAUUGUCAAGUUCCUGUUGGAGUAUGGAGCUAACUUCUCAGCCCAGAAUAACUCAGGUUUCUCAGCUCUCACCUACGCCAAAAUGCUGCGACUGACAGAGAUAGAAGACAUCAUCACAGAGUUUAUUUCAAGACUGACAAAGGAGUUUGACAAACAAGUGGCUGUCACUCUGAACAACACAGCCAAGAUUUCCAGCAGUCUGUUCCCAAUGCAGGUGUUUCCUCUUUGUGAAUCCAGUAAAUUUGUCAUCAACUUCAAGCAUGAGAUGCAACCAAACACCCCAGGAGUUGGAUAUCUGCUGUUUAUUGCCCAUGCCAGAAUCACAGCAACUGACUGUAAGUGCCGAUUUUACGGCCCCUGUGCUGUCAACUCAGCAACACUGAACGGAGUUCCUCAACCUCCACUGACAGAGGAGGCUAAUUUUGUUCUGUCAUGCUGUCCACUACAGAAUGGUAGAAAUGAGAUUGUCAUUAACACUGUCAAGGCUGCAACUUCAAAGGCCAAGUUGGUGAUUUGCGCUUAUAAAGCACAGCUGAUUGAUGGUUAAAAAAAACUGCUUCUUAAAAUCCCAGUGAUCUCAAGUUUGCCAAAGUCACAACUGGUACUCUAAACUGGUACUCCCAUCCUAGAUCUCAGCCAUCACUACACUUCGGUAGCCACAGCUACAGUCAUCGUCAUGGAUACAAUGUUGCCAUAGAAAAUCAGUAUACCAUUAAUGUCAUCCUUCAUGUUCACUCCAACUGCCAAGGCAUUAUGUAUACAACAGAACUAGGGCACCCAGAAGACAGUACAGAGUUUAUAAAGCACUGGUGUCCCAAUUUUUAUUGAAUGUUUUAUACAUAGAUUUUGUAUGUGGAUAUACAUUUUGUUACUUAUGUUUCUUACAUGUAACUUAUAGACAAAGCUCAGCUAUUUCCAACAGCAUCAAUUACAUACAUGUACAAUACUUCCAGUUGAAAAUAAUAUUGAUGCCAUGAGAAAUUGAUGUCCUGACAUGAUAUUUAAUGCAAACAGUAUGUGCUUCAACAACAUCAAAUAAGUAAAAAUAUAUAUCUUAAUAUCCUUCCAGUGGAAAUUGGUGUAAUUGUGUUUGUUUGGCAGGCCUCGCAAAUAGAUAUGUUCACAAUUUCAGCUCAUUGGAUAUUUUUGAAAGUAAUAUAGAAUGACAUGAUAUAUAUAUAUUAUAUGCUGUAUAUACAUUACAUUUGUUGAGAGCUGAGCCGGUGAAGCCAGCCAUUGGAAUUCAGUCCCUCUCUGUGUCGUGUGUUGAUUCAUCCUAGAAUCUAUAAAUCAUUGUUCCUGUUGAUGAGAUAGCUCAAAACAAGUGUUUCUGUUUGUGGUAUAUUUCUGGCGGAUGUGAAAAAACAUUUUCAAUGAGAUCUGUGUUUUAGUGCUAAAAUGGAGGUAUAUUAACUUCCUUUAACCCUUUUAUUUUUUUAUUUUGUUUUGUAAGGGGAUUUCACUCUUAUAAGGUGACUGUAGGGUUGGAAUGGUGAAUGACAGAGAGGGUGUUUGUUUAAAUUGUGAGGACUGAAUGACACGUUUUACACUGAAGUGUAUAAUGUUUGUAUGACUGUCUAUGAAUGUGAUUUUAGGAUCUGUAUUUAGUAGAGAUGUCUGGUAGAUAUAAUUGUGGUAGAACUGGCAGCUUUCAUUUUCUGAUGUUUUUUUGCCAAAUGUUUAGCAUCAGGUGGUCCCUGAGAGGAAACUUCUGGCAGUUGUUUGCAACUUUAGGGUGUGAACAUUUGUUUUUAGUGGGAAUUUUUGUCUAGAGUACAUUAUCGAUAGCAAUGAGGGUCCUUUGAAAUGAAAUGAAGAGGAGGUUUUACAACGUUUCGGCAAAACAAUUGCCAGGAUAGUUAAGGUUUAUCUGCAGGUUUUCAUGGUGACCAAAUUCUAUAUUGUUACAACAUUUUUGUGGAUGAUUUAUUGUUUUGAUUGAUAGUUACAUGUAUAUUUCAAUAUUUAUGCGGUGUGAUAUGGAUUUAUUUGGUGCUUAUUUUGUGUCAGACUGGUGCACUUUUUCCCUUUUAUCACUUGUAGAAAUACUUGCAGGUAGAUAGUGUACAUUUCUUCCGAGAUCUUUUUGCGUGAUAAGAAUAUUGGUAAGCUUUCAAUCUCUUUAGUUUGUUGUCUUUGCAAUAUUGAAUGACUGUGUGUUGAUACAAUAUUACCUCAGCCUGUAGCCAUCUAGUCAUUAAGGAUAUUACAACGUGUGUGGAAACAUACACAGAAGGAAUUGAAUCAUUUCUGUUUAAAACCCAUUCUUGCUUCUGGAUGUUAAGACCCAUAUCAGAAAUUCAUUACUUCUUUCUGUCAAAUCAUAUUGUGUGAAAGGAAGUUUGAAAUGCAAGUCACAGAAAGAACUUGAGCAUAAACAUUUAACCACCUACUGUAUGUACUCUACCAAAGUUUAUGUAUUUAUAUAUAAGAAAAUUAAUUGCACUUAGAUGUCACAAGAUUUUGUAUGGGAAGAAAUAGUGCAUAUAUACAUAGGUUAUUAUCUAACAAAUAAAACGUGAUGUAACUUUAUUAUGCCUCAAGGGAUUGUAGAUAGGGCAUGUAAAUCUCCCUUAAACAUGGUCAUUUUGUUGUAAAUAACUUGGUAAAUCUGUUGUUUAUAAUACAGAUGUAAUAUGUGAUGAAUUUCUGAUUUUUGAGAAAAUUUCUCUUGUCUAGUUUUUGCUGAUUUUUCCCUUUUCAACUAGAGAACACUUCACAAAAGAAAAGUGCAUAUUUGGUUUUUGUGCGGUUUUCAGUUUGAUAUGACAUUUUCUGUUCCGCAUUAUGAUGCCGUACAUAAAUAUAUAUAUAUAUAUUGUAACCCUGUUGAUGUUACUGUUAACAUUUAUUACAUGUUUAUCCCUACGUGUUUCAGUAUUGUCGCUCAAAAGUUUAUGAUGGCAUUACAUUGAAAAAAGAAGCGCACAUUUAUACAGUAGGUGAAAAAUACCAUCUUCAUUCAGUAGUUGACAUCCAUUAAAUAUAAUGUAUGCAAUAUUGAGAUAAAUAUAUAUCAAUAUACAUGUAUUAUGAAUUUUUGUAUAAACUUUUAUACUGUGAAGAAGCCAAAAAUUGGCCUUUUUUAUGAUAUCCAAAUUUCCCCUCGAAAAUUUUGAGAGAAAGGGAAGGAGAAUGUAAUAAAAGAAAUUUUUCAUUCAAUAUUUGAAAGCCUCAUCAUUAUAAACCAUUUGUGUAAUAGAAAUUUCAACAACGCAAGAGGAUUUUGAUAAAAAGUCGUUUAUCAGUUACAGGUAAAAUUACAGUUUACUUAGAAGCUUACCUGUGCAGGUGUGGGUCUAAUAAGUAAGGAAAAGGUUGUAGGUUUCAGCUUAUAAUGUUGUAUAUUUGCCUGUCUGUGUGUGUUCCUCUCCUACAUGCUAUAUUCGGUUAACAGGAUUUCUGUUGUAGACAUUGAUCUUUAACUCUCGACAUUCGGCCACGACUCUUGGCUUUAAGUUUUAUUUGACAUGAUUCUGAUUUAAGGAGUAAACUUGUUAACGUGAGAAAACUGUAGAUGAAUACAGAGGUUUUUUUUUGUUUUGAUGUAUAUGAUGAUUUCAGUAAUCUUUUGUUAUUUUCUCAAUGAAAAAUAAAAUUUAACUUGGUUAUAAAUGAU